CGCUAUAAAAACUGUAAACCAAGUAGUACUUUAUUUCACAAACUCACACUAAAAGGAACACAUCUCAGACAAGUGACAGCAUGAAGUAUCAAACAACAGUAGUAGAUCUAGAGGCAGGUAUGGAUGGUGUCUAUCAGAGAACCGUGGUACCCGUACCGGUCAAGUCUUCGCGAAGCUGGAUAUGGAAGACGUUGGGUGCGAUCGUUUUCGUCUGCCUCUGUGCCGUGGCUUCGGUCUUCAUCGCCUGGCAUUUCGUGGAGAAAGGAGAUAUUUCGAUCUUGUCUGAGAAACACAUCAGCACACCACCAUCAGAGCAUGAAGUCAUCCUACAGCAAAUUGCAGAGCGCACAAAGGCUGCCAUUCAUUUACAUGGUGAGCGGGGUGACAGUGCCAAACAAGAAAUAAAAUGGGUCACCGACGUAGAUCAGUCCUUCGAGCAGGGCGGCCUUAAGCUAACCAACAACGAGAUUCACAUCCCGGCUGAUGGCCUUUAUUUCGUGUACAGCCAGGUGUCCUACGCUGUAAAGUGUAGCCUGGAUGAAGAUGAUGAAAGCGUGAACCAGGAGUACCUGAGCCAUACUAUCAUGCGUUAUUCAGAUGCGAUGGGUCAAGAAAUGCCCCUUCAGAAUUCGGCUCACUCUAUAUGCAAAUCAGGAGAGGAUGGGAAGACCAUGUACAGACCGGUCUAUAUCGGCGCAGUGUUUAAGCUUUUGGAAGGUGAUAGGCUAUCAACCAGAACCACCAAUGUAGCUGACGUUGAGCAAGAUUAUGCUAAAACAUUCUUUGGAGUGUUUGCAUUGUGAGCUGAAUUAGUAUAUUAGUUGCAUGAUCUGUUUUAAAAACAGGCAACGGUACAAGACAUUUGUAUUUAAAUGUUGAACGCAUGUUCUCAGGGCAUUUGUUAUUAUUAUUAUUAUUAUUAUUAUAAGUAUCCUUAUUGCAUUUUCAUUUAAAGUUUUAGUUCUAAAACGCGAUAGAUGCAGUAAGUGCAUUGAGUACUAAGUACUUUAAACAGACACUACAUGAAGGUUAAAUGUUUAAUUUAAAAGUUUAAGCUAAUAUAUGUAUUAUCUUAUUUCGUUGUAGAAAUAGUGAAAGGAAUGUAAAUGUUCAUAGAACUAUGUUGUUGUAGUGUUUAGAUUUAUUUAUAUCGUUUAAGUGUAUUUAAUUUUUUCAUUGUCUUAUUUAACUAUUUAUUAAUAAAUGUUUAUACUGUGAUUUUUUAAAAAUGAAUGUAUUGUUUUUUAUCUGAAAGAGUUUUUGACACUCCUCUGUGUUGAAAUGCUGACAGUAAAGAUCCUCAAUAAACUAC